UUUAUUUUCGCGCCCAGUAUUGACUAUAAGUAGUGGAGUUCUGGCAAAGUUCUCUAAUCUCUUCUCAGUCUGUCUACCGAUCGUUUCUUCGUCAUGUCAGGACGCGGCAAGCAGGGAGGCAAAGCUCGCGCCAAGGCUAAGACCCGCUCUUCUCGGGCUGGUCUCCAGUUUCCCGUGGGCAGAGUGCACCGGCUGCUCCGCAAGGGCAACUAUGCUGAGCGUGUCGGGGCCGGCGCGCCGGUGUAUCUUGCGGCGGUGCUGGAGUACCUGACCGCCGAGAUCCUGGAGCUGGCGGGCAACGCCGCCCGCGACAACAAGAAGACCCGUAUUAUCCCGCGUCACCUGCAGCUGGCCAUCCGUAACGACGAGGAGCUCAACAAGCUGCUGGGCAAAGUGACCAUCGCUCAGGGUGGUGUCCUGCCCAACAUUCAGGCCGUGCUACUGCCCAAGAAGACCGAGAGUCAUCACAAGGCCAAGGGCAAAUAAUGUCUCCAUAGCGUCACUUUCCAAUACCACGGCUCUUUUCAGAGCCACUUACUAUUUCUGCGGGAGAGCUGGGCCACUGGUUAAACAUUCGGAACGUUUACUGUGAAAAGAAAAGCAUUUU